GCGCGUCGUCGCAGCACGCUCACACAUCGCCGUCUUGCCCAGGUCCACUAUGAAGUGCUGUUUGGUGAUAUCGACGCUCGUCGCGGCCGUCGCCGCCCAGGGCGUGCUGCCGCCCGUCGUCAACAAUGGCGACACCCUGUACCGUGACGAGGUGCCGAGGCGAAUCCGGCCGGCAGACAAGCCCAAGGUGGAGAACCCCGAGGACUACGAUGUCUACUUCGACCCGAACCUCAACUACAACGGACCGCUCGUGGCUGCGCCCAUCCUGGAGCCCAUCCAGCCCGCCAGGCCCAAGUUUGUGCCCAAGCCCUUCGUGCCCCGCGAACGCAAGCAGGUGAAGAAGCUGCAGCCUGCCGGACCGGUGCUGUACACGGCCCCCGAGGCCAGCUACGGCAGUGAGGCGCGCUACGGCGGCGCGCCCGUCCAGGAUCUGAGCAAGAUCCCCGGCCAGCCCGGCCAGGACUACCCGCUCUACGACGCGGUGCCGGAGACGGGCUUCACGUGCGAUCAGGUGCCGUACCGGCCCGGCCUUUACGCCGACGCCGAGACCGGCUGCCAGGCGUACCACAUCUGCGGCGAGGACAACCGGCACGGUUACGCCGGCGCCUCGUUCCUCUGCACCAACGGCACGCUGUUCAACCAGUACGAGCUGACCUGCGACUGGUGGUACAACGUGGACUGCGGCGCCGCCGUCAAGCAGUACGACGUAAACUUGGAUCCGUACAAGAACCCCUACCUGCCGACGCCCGAGGAGGAGGCCAAGCGGUCCUCCCAACAGUACGCGCCGGAGCCGCAGUACAGCUACGGACCGGGCUUCGCGCCCGAGCCCUACAACAAGUAGAGCUCGGGAAGCGGUAGACUCCACCGGGGCGGCGCGCGGUGUAACCCUGGAGACGGGCGAGUCGACGGCGACGUACCGGUGCGGUCUGCUGCGCGGGUGGUGAAUGCGGGAGAUUGUGUGGGAGAGUAAGUGGAGAGUCGCGAGCGGAGUGUGGAGCGCAUGGUAUUUACGAGUCGAUAAGGAACCCCUGUACCUGCUCUGACCAGAAGAUUCGUCGCGGGGGACUGGACUGUCGUGUCCGCCGCGUCCGCUGAAUACAUGUCCUACUGAA